UCUCUACCAUUUUGUUUACUGCCGCUGCGGUGAUGGGAUACAAAAUGUUAGGUGAAUCCACCGAGUCUCAGUUCACCCUCAACUUACCGGAGAAUUCGGUGGUUUCCAAGAUUGCCGUCUGGGCUACGGUGGCAAAUCCGAUAACCAAAUAUGCAUUGACCAUAACCCCACUGGCCAUGAGUCUGGAAGAGUUGCUGCCGCGAAGCCAGCAGAAGUACUCCAACAUAAUCAUACUUAGAUCAGCCCUGGUAGUGUCAACCCUCAUCAUUGCUCUCUCAGUUCCCUUCUUUGCACUUGUGAUGGCUCUCAUUGGUUCUUUAUUCGCGAUGCUUGUGACCUACAUUCUGCCUUGUGCCUGCUUUCUGGCCAUCCUUAAGGCAAAAGCGACUUGGUAUCAGACUGCGACAUGCUCAUUCAUCAUCACCGUAGGGGUUACCUGCGCCUGCGUGGGGACAUACUCAUCCCUCUCCGGGAUUGUCCAGAACUACGCCACCUGACCCUGAACUACUUCCUUCCCUACAUACAUAAUAGAGAAGAUUGCUCGUUUGAAAU